AGGCGCUGAGUGCCGGACGUUAUGCUGUCGAGCGGACUCGCUCAAAUGUCGUAUUACCCGCAUACGGGUCCGCGUAGCUGCUGAGAUAGCUUUAUUAAAACCUUCGGCUCAAGUCCGUUUAUGAAAUAGAGGGAAAAUGAACGGCCGUGCGGCCAUCUUGUCACUCCUAUGCGGGGCUUUGUUGCUGGACGGGGCUUCGGGUUUCUACCUUCCGGGUCUGGCGCCUGUCAGCUUCUGCGAGCCUGGAAAAGAUGGCAGAGGGAACGACGUGCCGGACUGCAAGUCAGCCAUUGAGCUGUUUGUGAACAGACUGGAUUCAGUCGAAUCAGUUCUGCCAUAUGAGUACACUGCGUUUGACUUCUGCUCGGUGGAAGCAGCGAAGAGGCCAUCAGAGAACUUGGGACAGGUGUUGUUCGGCGAGCGAAUUGAACCCUCGCCAUAUAAGUUUACAUUUAAGACACCGGAGAUCUGCAAAAAGGUGUGCACCAAGACCUACAACACUAACAAUGCACAGGACAGGGCCAACCUGGAUUUCCUCAAGAAGGGCAUGCUGCUCAAUUACCAGCAUCACUGGAUAGUGGACAACAUGCCAGUCACCUGGUGUUAUGAUGUUGAAGAUGGGCAGAAGUUCUGUAAUCCUGGCUUCCCUAUUGGCUGUUAUGUGACAGAAGCAGGACGGGCCAAAGAUGCUUGUGUGGUCAAUUCUGACUUUAAUGAAAAGGACACGUUCUACAUCUUCAAUCACGUUGACAUCACCAUCCACUAUCACAUCGUUGAGAAUGAACAACUCGGAGCACGGUUGGUUGCUGCCAAGAUGGAGCCUAAGAGUUACAAACAUACCAAUGUAGAUACUCCAGAUUGCUCAGGAGGUCCAAUGUUCGUCAACAACAAGUUCACGGGAGAAGUCAACAUCCUGUACACCCACUCCGUCAGCUUUGUGGAGGAUAAAAACAUUCGCUGGGCAUCUCGGUGGGACUACAUCUUGGAGUCUAUGCCUCACACCAACAUCCAGUGGUUCAGCAUCAUGAACUCGUUGGUGAUCGUCUUAUUCUUGUCUGGUAUGGUGGCGAUGAUCAUGCUCCGGACUUUACAUAAAGACAUCGCCAGAUACAACCAGAUGGACUCUGUUGAGGAUGCCCAGGAAGAGUUCGGCUGGAAGCUGGUCCACGGGGAUGUCUUCAGACCUCCCAGGAAAGGAAUGCUGCUGUCUGUUUUUCUCGGGUCGGGAACACAGAUCUUCAUCAUGACUUUCGUCACUCUCUUCUUUGCAUGCCUUGGUUUCCUGUCUCCUGCCAACCGUGGGGCAUUAAUGACCUGUGCUGUGGUGCUGUGGGUGCUGCUGGGGACCCCCGCCGGAUACGUGGCCGCCCGCUUCUACAAAUCCUUUGGGGGAGAGAAGUGGAAGACCAAUGUUCUGCUCACAGCCUUCCUGUGUCCAGGAGUUGUGUUUGCAGAUUUCUUUGUGAUGAAUCUGAUCUUGUGGGGUGAGGGCUCCUCAGCAGCCAUGCCCUUUGGUACACUGGUAGCCAUAUUGGCUCUUUGGUUUUGCAUCUCGGUACCGCUGACCUUCAUAGGGGCCUACUUCGGCUUCAAGAAGGCUGGUAUUGAGCACCCAGUGCGGACCAAUCAGAUUCCUCGCCAGAUCCCGGAGCAGUCGUUCUACACCAAGUCCCUGCCUGGUAUUGUCAUGGGCGGAAUACUACCUUUUGGCUGUAUAUUCAUUCAGCUGUUCUUCAUACUCAACUCCAUCUGGUCCCAUCAGAUGUAUUAUAUGUUUGGCUUCCUCUUCCUGGUCUUCAUCAUCCUGGUCAUCACUUGUUCAGAGGCAACUAUUCUUCUCUGCUAUUUCCAUCUUUGUGCUGAGGAUUACCAUUGGCAGUGGCGCUCAUUCCUGACAAGCGGGUUCACAGCUGUGUACUUCCUGGUCUAUGCCAUACACUACUUCUUCUCCAAACUGCAGAUCACUGGACUGGCUAGCACCAUACUGUAUUUUGGAUACACCAUGAUCAUGGCACUGAUUUUUUUCCUUUUUACUGGUACAAUUGGAUUCUUUGCUUGUUUCUGGUUUGUUACCAAGAUCUACAGUGUUGUCAAGGUGGACUAAGGACAAUUACGUCAAAAAAUACCUGGGACUUCUGCUCUUCUUUCUUUGCACCAAUUAUCCCUUCAUCCUGAGAUCGACAGACAUAGAGGAUAGCCAUAUGUGGCCCUCCUUGCCCAUCACAGUAACAGACAAACAGCCGGGGUGUUUCAGUAAAGUCACAUGGCACUGUGUAGUCCAUCUGAGAGGAGGUCACUGCCGCAGCUCACUGCAGCUUCUGGGAUUCAGCUUGGUUUGUGCAGCGUCUCCAGUGUGCGCAUGUCAGAACGUGGGAGUAUGUGGUCCAAUUGGUAAAACUUGUUAAAGUAACGGAAAGAAAACGUCUAUGUUACAAAUCAGGUUUUGUGAGAUUGUAAGAAUUGAAAUCAGUCAGUAUUUUAAAUGAUGAAAUUUUUAUUUGUGCAGCAGCUGACUCCUUCAGUGAUUGGGUUUAGUUUUCCCGGGUGGGUGAUGUGAGAUUGGGGAUAAUCUGAAUGGGCAAUGUACCAGGCAAAAUUAAUUAUUAUUAUUAUUAAUUUUUUUUUUUUCUACAGAAAUGAAUCAUCUAAUCUAGUUCUAAGAGUAUUCAUUCCCGCACAGCACAGGGACAAAGGAGUGCUGUGCUGUUUUGAGUUUGAACGCUGCCCAUUAAGUCAAAAAUCCAAUGACUUUCAACAGUCAGGUGGGAAUUUAUGUGUCGUACUCAUUUUUUUUUGUUCCCAGCAGUGUUCUAGAAGGAGUGGGAAAUUCCAGUGCACAGUGUCACCGCUCUUUAUGUGUGUGUAAUGCAUCUGAGAUGAAGAGGCUUCAUACAGUCCACCUGAAUACCAAAUAUUAUUUUAGAAAUGGUAUUUAGCAGCCCUCUUGAUUCAUGCCUUGGUGACAGCUUUGCAUCAGUUGUGCAGAAGAUGCAUAAAGUAACCCGUAUGUCAGCCGUGGAUUGGCAGAAAGAAGCUUUUCCUCGAUAUUAAAACGUUUUGGUGUCGGAAUUAUUGAUUGUAAAUAACUUUCUAAUGGUAAAAGGUGAAGGAUCUCUGCAAUGGAAGAUCAAAAAAUGAAAAGGUGUGUGGAUGAAUGGAAUUCUCCCUGUAACCGCCGAGGCAGCGUGGCUAAAAGAAACAUCCAUUCCGAUGUUACUUUGGUCGUCCUGCUUUUGUUGGCUUCUAACUGACGGACUAUUAACCAGCUCGGUGUCUUGUUAUUCAACUCUCAUAUUGUGUUUUCCUUUUGUUUGUUUUUACUUGGCCUUGAUUUGGGUGUCGAGGAGUGUUUGGCCUUGAUGCUUUGGGAAGGCAUUUUUCUCCUUGUAGCGAGGGUAGUGCGUUUAGUUCUAGAACAGCUUUGUUAACACAAGAGAUCAGUCUCACCUGAGGAAAAGGUCCGGCCUCUGCGACUGCCCCACAGGCCAUGUUAAUCGGCCUGGCUCUUAACAACCAACCGGGGCAGCCUCCUCCUCCUCCUCCUCCUUCUUCUUCUUCUUGAGAAGGCUUCCCAGCCGGCACGCCAGUCACAUUGUGCGCAUGCGCAGUAGCGUAAAUGCCGUGGGCGUUGCUUGGCCAGCAGGCGGCCUCUAGAUAGCCGUGUUUAUAUCGAGAGUGGGCGGGGCCAGUCACCGUAUUAACGGAACAGAAGGCGUAGCCCCACCCCCCCCCCACCCCUUAGCUGCCAUUUUGUGUAAAACAUCCGAGCGGGAUUCAUUAAACAGCGUUUAGUUCACACGCUAAACUUAGCCUUUGGCUAACGGGUCGGACCCUUUAGUCGACUGGUCAUGCGGGAGACCCCGGGUUGGCGUCCCGGCCGCCCCCCGAGUUAUUAGCUUAAUGCUAAAUGUAUAUCUUGUAGUUAAUACGCCGUUUACCCGUAAUAGCAUAUCGUAGUUUUAGCACCGAAAGUCUCGCGUAUGGCUCGUUAACCCGAGAGAGGGUGUGCCACGCGGGGCCGCCAACACCGCGCACGUGCGACACGAUUGACAGGCGGGCGGGUUGAGCCGCCUCCUCAUCCUGAUUGGUUAAGAGAUGCCAGCCGAUCGCGCUGGGGGGGGCUUUUUCUCAAAACACGUGGUUUGUUGAUCUCUGUCGGGUUGCGAAGAAAUGUUCACCAAACGUUACCGAAACGGGGAAUGCGAAAGAGCAAGUCUACCCCAGCUCUACUCCGCCAUUACCUUCACUUCCUGCAAACGGGUCAGAUUCGGUGCAUCCUGAUGGGUGAAAGGUGGAGAGGACGCGACACCGACUCUAGGAUCCCGACCGCACAAGGACUCGCCCAGCAAGCUUGACCCAGAUCCUGAGUAUUAUGUUGUGUCCUUUUGCGCAUCUGGACCCCUGGGCAAAGGCUUCCGGGUUGGGAAGAGAGUGCAGAGAAAGGCUUCUUCUUCGUGGGUUGGCGUCACGGCCCGUUUGCUGAAGCGCCCAGCCGUUUGCCCACGUGUCACGGUGCCUGGUUUGUAAUUUCUUGGAUGCGAAGUUACUUUGGUGGAUCUUAGCCUCCUCCUCUCUGUGUAAAUACUAACUUAUAUAUUGUCCAGGACAGAUCUUCUCGUUGGGCUUUUUUUUCUCUCUCUCUCUCUCCCCUUUUCUCUUUGUUUGUAAAAAAAAAAACAAAAAAAAACGAAAAACAAUUUAAGAUUAUGAGCAACUGGAGACAAAUUAAAACAAUUUUCAAG